UCUUGGUGGGGAGGCGAAGGAUAAAAUCCAUCAGUUUUUUGGGAAAUCAUCAUAAGUUUGCCAACGUUGGCACUUGAAGUACAGGCAUCCAGUGAAGUUGAGUUUAUUAAAAUAAAAAUGUGGAAGCAAAUUGCUUUGCUAGCCAUCGUGGCUUCAGUGAGUUGUAGUCCAGUGCAGGAAAAUGGUGUUGCGGAAAACCUAGUGGGUGCUGUUACUGAGUGCAUAGAAACCGAUACUUCGUUAUGUCUGAAGGAAAAAGCCCUGAAGUUCACCGAACGUCUGGCCGUCGUGAAAGACCUGGACAUCUUCGAAGGCAUGUCCUUGGUGAACACCGGCUCUGCCAGGUCUGCUCGCAGCUACGAGCCCUUGGCUGAAGAGCCCCAAGCCAGGGAGUUCCAGAUUAACGAGAGGAUCGCUGACAACGUUGAAGACUUCCUGGAGAACCACGUACUGCAGUUGCGUCUGUCUUCACCUGACCAGGAAUCAAGAGCCUUAGAUGAGGAAGCCCGUGGCAAGAAGAAGAAGAAGAUCAAGAAGCUGUUGCCCCUCCUCCUCCUCUUGAAGCUCAAGAUGGCCGCUCUCAUCCCUCUGUUCCUCGGUAUCAUCGCUUUCGUCGCCGUCAAGGCGGUCUUCUUGGGCAAGAUCGCUUUCGCCAUGCAAGCCGUCACCCUGAUCAGAAAACUCCUCUCCAAAGGAAAGGGAUCCUCCUCUUCCUCCAUCUCUUACGCUGCCCCUCAGCAUCAUGAGGAGCACGGUGGCUACUCCUACGAGCCAGCCAGCCAGGGUUGGAGCAGACAAGCCAGUGAUGCCGCCUCCUUGGCCUACGCUGGACAUCUCAGCCAAUGAACCAAAAUAGAAUGAAUGUGUAUUUAUUUGUGUGAAUGUGUGCUAUUUAUUCAUGUUUGUCGUAAGCAUGCACAAGUACCUCAGUCUUAAUUUAUUAUUUAAAUAAAUAUUUAUGCUCAAUUUUA